UGAUUUUUAUUUGAAAUAUGAAGGGAGAGGUGUGGUUAUUUAGUAAAUUGAGAUGACUUUGUGUUCUUAUUUGUUUAAAUUAUAACAGUCAGUUGAUUAGAACAUGAUUGUAAUGUAUUUUAUUGUUCUUCACUGAAUCUAGAAAUGAAUAUUGGAGGCGUGUAGUCAGUGUGGUGGGGGGUCGGGUGGCUUGUUGCUGCCGCUGUAGGAUGACCAGUUGGGCCGAGAGGAUGCACCGCAGGGCUGCAACUUUCAGCAAUGUGGUCACUUCUUGCGGCCAUCCCCCAGUUCCUUAUCCUCGGCGGCUGGAAAAAGUCAAAUUUGGCAUUCCCUUGGAUGAGGUCUGCAAGAAUGACAUUCCUGGUCCACUGUUGGUUUUGAUCCUGAAGCUCAACAAAGAAGCUCCAUUCAAAAAAGAUGUGUUCCGAGCACCUGGUCAUCAGGGAAACAUGAAGAAGCUAAUCCAUUUCCUACAGGCAGGCCGUCUUGUUAACUUGGACAAUUUCUCAGUCCACACUAUUGCAUCUGUGCUCAAGAAAUUUCUGCGCAAGAUUCCUGGUGGUAUUUUUGGUCGAGGUGGAGAGCAGAGGCUAUUUGCAGUCAUUGACUUGCCCACAAUUGAGGAGCAACGUGACCAGAUACAUAGGUUAAUUACAUCAUUACCAACUUAUACCCAGCGGUUAUUAGUGCUCCUUUUUGGGACAUUCCGUGUGAUUGCAACGAAUGCUGAAAGGGCACGAACAGGAAUGACGUCAGAAGCAUUAGGUGUUUCAGUUGCUCCCAGUUUCUUCCAGAGUUGUGUUAGUGAUGGUAAAACUGCAAAAAUGGAAGAUGUAAUGAGAUUCAAGGUUGCCACACGCAUCAUGAAAUUCCUGAUUGACAACUUUGGAGUGAGCAACCUGUUCGGACGGGAGAAUUACGAGUUUUAUGCUCGGAUCACUGGACGCAUUCUCAAGGUGGAAGAAGACUGGAUUUUUAGUUUCCGGUAUCCUCCAGCCACUCUUGUCUCUCGCCAGCUCUCACUCGAGGCAGAGAAGACUUGGCUGCAGUACGAGUGUGAUCGAUGGGGCCUCAACUUCAACCUGGAAGCAAUGUCCCACCAAGAGGAGAGCCAGUCAACUCCUGCACUGAUUCAUGUCCCAGAGGGAUAUGAUCCAGAUGUUCCUAGCACGUCUCUCGGCAUCAUCCCAGAGAACAACUUGCUAGAGAGCUACACUCGCCUGUCCAUCAGUCUUGAAGAGAAUGGCCUGUUCAAGGGGUCUAGCCCAUCUUCAUCCAACAGCAGUACAGCUAGCCAUCACAUGACACUGGAGGAACUUAGAGCUGUGAACCGCUAUGCUGAGAGCACUAAAAGUUUGUCCUACCUGCCCCAGGUUCACGAGCGUCAGACAGCGAGGAUGAGAACGAGGUCAGAGUGGUUCCUGACACCAGCCAAUGGGAGCGAGGGGCGAAAGCUGGUAACAUGUACCACGGUGGACAGUGAUCCUACGUCCAUCCAUGUAUUGAGAGGGUCCAACACAAGAUCCUCCUCAGGAAACAUUGUUGGUGCAGGUUUGAGUGCAAGUGCAGAGUCAGUGAAACGUCCAAGCAUUCAUCGUUCUUCUAGUCGGAGUGACAAGUCACGCCACCUUCCUAACCGUAGUUCGAGCAGACGCAAGAAUAAAGAGAAUGGCACUAAACAGACUCAGCCAGUCAUAACUCAGCCAUCAGGUAUAAUCACUCAAUCUCAGCGUACCGGUAGUGACGAAAAGAAAUCUUCCCAACUAGACGAAGGAAGGGGUGGCAAGAAAGCAGUUGUUGUAAGUGGAGAGGAUGAUGGAAAGAGCAUGGUGGUAGGGGUGACUCCACAGGAUUGUACCGAGAUGGAUGUUCAAACGAUUUGUGUCACGCUUACAUAUAAACCAAGAAUAUGAAACUGUUUGAUAUUUCCUGUUACCCACUUGCAGGCCUUGAGAGCAUAUAGUGUUAGAGUGCAGUCAUUAGAGGUGGUCUGUGUGUAAGGUUCCUCUAUGUUGUGAAUAUUUAUAUAUGACAAGACCUUGCCACAUUCCUGUUAUCUCUUGGUUGUAUAAGGAAUUUAACCCUCUCACUGCUAAGUAAUGUGUUCUCAGCCUUCUGUGCUGACUUAUUUUUGUUCAAUUUUUGUUAAAUAUGUAAAUCAAGAAGGAAUUGAAAUAAUAUAUACUAAAUCAUGCCUUAUAUUAUGGAGAUAGUUUGGGACACUUGUGGAUGUAAUUUUUAUUAUCCUUAUGAAUGCCAAGGUCAGGUGAUGUACAGUGUUUGGUAUUCCCACUGCUAGAUGUAGCUCAUUCUAUAGAUGACAUUCAGAGGCAACAGUGGGGUCCAACUUGAAGUUAAUAAUGUUCAUGAUAGUGGAAGGAUAUAUGCAAUCAGAAAGUUGGUUCAGGAGUUAUGUUAUAGAAACUGAAAGAGCAAGUACAUGCCAUACAAUACCAUAUUGCAGGUAUUCAUAACAUUACUGGCUCAAUGGCAUGAAUGUUAAUAUAUCCUAACUGUAUUAGCCAGCAUUUCCCCUGCAAGUGGGAGACAGCCCUGCCUCUAUUAUUUCAAUGAUUUUAACAUUUAAUGUUACUUUGUUAAUUUAGGAAAUGGCAUCCCUCAGGGUGGUUGCAAGCCCACACUAUGCAUUGCAGUGUAGUAGUUAGCAUUCCCACUUUGUAUGAGUUUGAAUGUAAGCCAGUAGACCAGCUAUUCUGGCUGUGGUUUGCCCAGUCUCUGCUGCCAAUGCCAAUCUGCUGGAACAGCAGUUUAAAAUAUUUCUUUCACUUACUAAUCAGUUUUAAUGUUUGUAAGUCAAUAAUGCCAGUGUUUUAUUUUCCCUGUUUAAGAACUUCCUCACUUAGUGUUCAGCUCCACUGCUAGCCAAAGAAUGGUUUUGCUAUAGUAAUUUAAAGUAGGCUAUGACCAUUGUCUUCCACAUCCUUGCAAAUUCAUUAUUCACAAUCCCGUAAUUCUCUUGUUAAGUGACAUAGAACCAAAGCAGGUGACAAAACAAGUUCAGAGCCAAUUAAAUUCAGAUAAUUCUUUCUACCGUUUAAUUCAGAAUAUUCUGCCUUAAUGUUGUAUUUUAGCAUCCUGUUGCACUGAAUUUCUUCCAUGAUAUGUAUACAGUGGCCGUCUUAUA